CGCACGGCAAGUGACCGCUGGCGCUCGUGUCCCAAGAGCCCCGAGGCCCCGUAACGUCUGAAGAGCCCCAAGGCCCCGACCGGAGCCCCAGCUGACCUCACGCACAGCCGCAACUCCCGCACAAGCUGGUCUCUUGGACCGAGGCUGAGGUGGUGCUGGAGUGAGAUCAUUCGACGAGGGUAUACUAGGCAGGCCGAGGAGCGGGCCAGUGGAGCUGGAGCUAUGGCGCUGUGGCCGCUCUGUCUCCGUCACGACGUGCUGCUGUUCUGGAGGGCCUGGGUGCUGGUGCUGGUGCCGCUCGUGCUCUCGCCAUUGCCGCUGGUGUCCGGCACCAAGGCGGCGUGGUGCGGCUACGGCAUCCUCAUCAUCGCGUUCUACUGGAUGACGGAGGCGAUGCCGAUGGCGGCGACGGCGCUGCUGCCGACAGUGCUGUUCCCCUUCUUCGGCGUGCUGGACACGGGGGCGGUGAGCAUGCAGUACAUGUCGAGCACCAACCUACUCUUCCUCUCCGGCCUGAUGGUGGCCGUAGCCGUGGAGAAGAGCAACUUCCACACACGCGCUGCUCUCCGGGUCGUCCUCUUUAUGGGCACCAGCGUCAAGUGGCUGAUGUUGGGCUUCAUGUUCAUCACCAUGUUUCUCUCCAUGUGGAUUUCGAACACGGCGGCCACGGCCAUGGUGGCACCCAUGAUCGAAGCCGUGGUCACUAACCUUUCUCAGGAUCUGGAUGACUCGCCUCAGCCUGAAAGAAAGGACUCGGAAAGGUCCACCAAAGAGGACCAAGAAGCUGCAGCCUCUACGGAAAUCGUCACCAGCACGUCGGAACUACACGUUCAGUCGAAACCGGUGGACCUGAGGCCAGAGCAGCUGCGGGCACCACUGUUCCUGUGCGUGGCGUACGCGGCCAACUGCGGCGGCACCGGCACACUGACCGGCACCGCGCCCAACCUGGUGCUGCGCGGCAUCGUCGAACAGAGCUACGGCAGCGACACGGGUCUGAGUUUUGCCACCUUCAUGCUGUUUGGCGUACCCGCCAUGCUUCUGUGUACUAUCCUGGGAUGGAUGCUACUUGUUGUUCUCUUCCUAGGGCCUAAAUAUCUCGUAGGCGAGCCGACCGACCCCGGCCGGAUAUCGGCGGUGCGGCGCAGCCUGGAACGGAGGUACCGGGCGCUGGGGCCGAUGCAGUUCCACGAGAGUGCCGUGCUCGCCCUUCUCGUGCUGCUCGUGCUACUCUGGUUCUUCAGGGAUCCCCAGUUCAUGCCCGGCUGGAACGGGCUCUUCAAAACGGACAUAGAUGACGGCACUGCAGGCAUGCUCAUUGUUGCUCUCAUGUUCAUGAUACCCGCCAAACCCAGGUUCUGGUGCAUGAAAGAGGAGGGAGGCCGGUCAGAGCUGAGCGACGGUCUCCUGGCGUGGGCGGACGUCCACAAGGGUCUGCCCUGGGGUAUCGUCCUGUUGCUUGGCGGUGGGCUCGCCAUAGCCGAGGCGGCUAACCUGUCGGGUCUGUCAGCCUGGCUAGCCGACCAGCUGGUGGUGCUGAACACGCUGCCACACGGCCUCAUCGUUUUCCUGGUCUGUGCCUUCACUACGCUGGUGACAGAGAUUUCCAGCAACACGGCCAUCGCCAGCAUCCUGCUGCCGGUCAUGGCGCAGCUCUCGAACUCACUGAAGAUCAACCCGCUGUACCUGAUGCUACCCACCACGCUGUGCUGCUCCUUCGCCUUCAUGCUGCCGGUAGCUACGCCGCCAAACGCCAUCGUGUACGGCGUUGGUAACCUCAGAUCGCAGGAUAUGCUGAAGGCAGGAGCAUUCAUGAACUGCAUAUGCAUCGGGGUCGUCAUGCUGCUGAUUCAUACGCUGGGUGUGGCCGUCUUCGACGUGCACACGUACCCGGCCUGGGCGAACACCACCAUCAUUGCUGACUGACCCAACCGGCCGAUACGCACACGUGGACGAUGCGCGACUGCACCCGCACAUGUGGACGAUGCGCGACUCUGUCGACGAAUACCCCGCGAUAGAUCACCAUCUAUCGCGGGGUAUUCGUGAACAAGUGAAGCCGGUUCGGGUGAAGCCAAAACGUACCGUCACAGCCUUGCCUCGAAUCGCAUUUCACACGCUGCGUUCAAAUGCGCCAUCACGGCAGAUAACCAGAUCCCAUUUCGAGAUAACCAGAUAACCAUUUCGUGAAGCAACGUGGAUCUUACGAGGGCAUUGUAAUACGACCCGCCGGCUUUUCUCUCCCCUUCCUUACCCCAGACGAUCGGGUCAUACGUCUGUGCCUCGCCACGCCGCUCCCACCCGCUCGACGUCCGUCCCGACCGUUGUUAAGAACUCGAGUCGCAGGGGCUUCAAGCGACCACCUGCGGCACCAGUACUUAGAAACGGAGCCGGACUCGGCAGCGGCGCGGACUGA